GAGGCAUGGACAAUGCGGUGCCUCUGGAAGAUCAGCAGCCUUCACAAGCCAUUUGCAAUUUCUGCCCGCAUGUCCUCUUAAUAUCUGUAAUUUUGGAGAGUCCAUCAUCCACAACAAGAAUUGGCAUUUAAGGAUGUGUUCAGAGUUAGACUUCUAUUUUGCAGGUGAACUGCAAAUGAAACAGACCUAAUUCAUCUGUUAUGGUGAUGGUGGGAAAUCAUCUGACUGAACACUGACUGCUGAGGCGUUUUUGAGAAUGAGCAGGAGAGGGAGGAGGAGGAAUAGCAAGAGGAGGAAGAGCUCCAGCAGCAGUAAACAGAGUGUCUCACUGUUCGCCUGUCAAAAGCAUAACAAAAGUAUCGUCUGUGAUAAAGAUGACAUCACUGAAAAGUGUGAAACAGACUCUUUUCGAAAGGAAAAUGUUUUGUCCGGAUCAGACGAGCAGGACGAAUAUGAUGAUGUAACAAGCAGGGAUAAAAAAUUCAAAGAAGAUUUUCAUCUUAAUUCUUUUGAAAACCAAAGUAAUCCAUGUACCACAGAAGAUAAUGAGAAAAGAAUGAGGGUAGUCACAUCAGUGUCUAUUGAUGACAUAAAAGAUUCACCCCCAAGGAUCAUAUUUCAGCAGUCACAAGAGCCAUUAACUGAAGAUCCCACCAGUUCAGCGACAUCAGUAACUAAUGUAAUGAAAAUCAACUGUUCUGGCGCAUAUGUGAAGCUUGAAAUUCAAGAGGUACUACAAAUUGAUACCUCUGGCAUCAAGACCACGCUUGUUCUUCUCAAUCAAAAGGGAGAUAAUGCUGAGACUUGUUUCAAGAGCAAAUGUGAGAGGACAUGGGCACCUAACAGCAAUCCAUCCAAGCAGUCAUCUCAGAAUCUGAAUGUGAUCAAUCAAAGUGUAACCCAAGACACCAUAAACUACAAUUUUAGUUUUGGCAGCACAAGUGAACAGAAGGAUGCUGAGAAGAACUCAAAAUGCGUUAUUCCAUCCAGAUUUUGCCACAGUUCAAACUAUUGCCAAUCCUGUUGUAAUAACAACACUGGCAUUACACUGGCAAGUCAGUCAUCAUGCCCAACACCGCUGUCAAAUUUCUGGCCUCAAGGGAAGAGGCCAUCUUUUUGCAGAAGCCUUAGUAGUGAUCAAUUCCGGGACAUUCCACCACCCCGUGAGUUUGCAGAUAUUUCAUAUAGUACUUUAGAGGACCUUACACAUGACCUAGCUUCCUGUAGGAUUGGUGCCUGUGGUUCCACUGAAAAUCAGAAAGGGAACUUUAACCCCACCCAGACCACAAUGUAUCAUCAGGAACCUGGUGGCCAAUGUUCACUGGAUGAUGAUGAGAGUGAAGAUCUGCCACAUUGCUUUGAUCAAUUAUCCGAAUCAGACAACUUUGAGCCCAUGUUUAUGAGACCCUCAUCUUUUAGCAGGUCAGGCUUUACCAAAGAUUUCAUCGACAAUCACGAGAAAACCUGGAUCCGAAACAAUAGCAUCGCCACUGUAGAACACAAAGCAUGUUCAUUACCAAAAAAAAGGAGGCAAACAUUUCCAGGAAUGACAGAGGGCUCAAGCUCAAUGCAGGAGGACGUUCUUCCUUUUAGGGAGUCCUUUUCUUCAGGCACUAUCUCCUCUUUGAUAAUGCAAUCCCUUCCUCUUCAAGCUGAAAGACUGGGAAGGUUUUACCAGAGGGAUGAUGGGUUGUCUCCUUUUGGAACAGAAUGUUAUGAUUCUUCAGAAACCAGAGGCAGUUGUAAACAUAGCCCAGAAGUUCCAAAGAGCCAAAUCGGGAAGCAGCCGCCCAUAAAUCCAUUCUACCCCACCAAGUUUGAGGAGAAUACUGAGGACAUGUUCAUGAUAAAGGAACAUUUUCAAGAGCAGAGCAAGAAUACAUGCCAACCUCUUGAAGCUCUUGGACAGCAUGAAAUGGACUUAAAAGAGAGUGUUUAUAACGACAUGGAAAAUCGGAAUGACUAUGAUGGUGGAGAUCAAAUGGAGCCGUGUAGUAGAGUAGAGAGUGGGUUUGAUGAAGAGAUAGCUGAGGUAGGAUAUCAAAACCCAGGGCUUGUUGCAGAUGAGUUCAGUCAAAGAGCCCUAGUUAUUCAGGUUAUCCCUCCAUCUCCUUGUGGCUCUGAGGAACACAUAUUAGAAACCAAUUCAGCAAAACAAAUCGAAAAGCAAGUCAUGCUGGACACCAGGGCCAAAGAGACAAAACAAAGCAAUUCACUUUCUGUACAAACCAAACCUAGAAAAAGCUCAGUCAUGACCAUUACAGUAGGUACAUCUGAGCAAAGAUACCUGCAGGUGGACUCAAAAUUAUCAGAUGGCGGUUCUACAGAGAAGCAUCAAAGGGUCAACUUUAACUCUGCUUCAGAAGAACCCUGCAUGUCUCUUGUAGCAGACAUGAAUGAGGUUGAUACACUGAGAAAUACUGAGGUCAACCAACCACCAGAGGAAGCUCAACCAACAUCAAGAAGGCCCUCUGCUGCAAAAACAAGUAUCUUCAGCCCCCCUCUUUCACAGAUUGUUGAGGAGAGGAAAGACCCACAGUUAGAAAACACAAGGAGGGGUACAGAGGAUUUAGAAAUAUCUGCAAACACUCAAUUAUGUCUUCCCAAUGGCUCCACUGAUCAAGAAACAGAAAGCCACAAAAAAGAGUAUCUCUGUAAAACCGACAAGGUAGAAAAACAGAAUGUAUCCAAAUCUUCCUCAGAGAUGAAAGAUCAUUUGAAACUGAUUCAUAUAGACCAAGACAGCAGUGGAUCUGACCACUGGGCAAAGAGGCGCAAACUCUUCAAGGACAGCAAGCAGUGGAGCUCAGCUGGGGGAAGUUCAAUAACUAGUGACAUUACAGAAGAAUCAGUAUCAGAGGACACCCGCUCUAUGGACAUGACAAUGAAAGACAUUGAAGCCAGGGGCUUUUAUACAGAGACUUUCCACUCUGCAGCAUGGAUUUACAGAGGAGAUGAUGUUAGUUCAGAUGCUAGUCCUCCCAGCCUCAGCACCAGGCCUCGAAUUGUCUCAAUUCGUGAGAGGACUGUCAAGAUCAGCAAAGGGAUGGGAGAGUAUCCAUGGGGCUUCCGGAUACAGUUUUCUAAACCCAUUGUGGUUACUGAAGUUGACACAAAUGGUGCUGCCGAGGAGGCAGGGUUGAUGGUGGGAGACUAUGUCUUGGCUGUUAAUGGAACUGAUGUGACCAGUGUUCCCCACUCUGAGGCCGCUGAUCUGGCCAGGCAAGGUCCAGAUGUUCUGACUUUAACCAUUGGGUCAGACAUUGCCCGUGCUCCUAACACCCCCCGACCAGCAUGUCGGGGUUACCUUCACAAGCGCACCCAGUCUGGACUGAUUAAAGGCUGGCGGAAGAGAUGGUUUGUACUGACACAUGACUGCUGCCUCUACUACUACCGACACAAGCGGGAUGAAGGGAGGAGACCUGCUCUGUCAGCAGUGAAGCUGGAAGGGGCUGAAGUUGGACCAGACGUUUCUCUGGGAAAACCAUUUGUGUUCAAGUGCUGCCCCCUCUCCGGCAAUCGAGUGUAUUUCUUUUGUGCUACUUCCAACCAAGAGAUGAAAAGGUGGCUGGAGGCUAUGGAAAAAGCUGUUCACCCCAUUACACAGAACCACGUGUGGGUGGAUGUGACCAGACACAACUCCUGUUUGCCCCCUCUGGCUGUGAAAAGUCCUGAGUGUCUGGGACUGCUUCACCAGAUUGACAAGAACAAGGACAGCUGGGUGCAGCACUACUGCAUUCUGAAAGAUGGCUGCCUCUACUUCUACAGUGGCAUCCGCUCAACUCAUGCUCUGGGUGGGAUUUACCUUCAUGGGUACAUGGUGAGGGAGCAGUCUUUUGGAUCCAAGAAGUCCGCCAUUGAGCUGAAGCCUCCGUCUGAGGAGUUCAAGACAUUCUAUCUCUGUGCUGAAAAUGCCACUGAAAAUAAACGGUGGAUUGUAGCUAUCAAAACAUCAAUAAACAAGUGGCUGCCAUUACAUCAGGCCAUCCAGGACUAUAUGAGUCGACCACCAGAAGAGACAAGAAUGUGAACCAGAAUCCCAAUACCAGGACUGUUGUCUUUGCUUGGGUUUUGGUCCACCUAUGUCAUUAUCUAUGAGAAUGAAAUAUAAAUUGCAUUUUAUUUGCAUUGAAUGUUUCUGUGAUUUUUUAUGCAGUGAUCAGCCAAGUGGCUGAGAGAAAAGACAGACUUGUUCUAUGGACUCAUGAAAUUCAAAAUAUAAAAGCUAUCCAUAGAGUGCUGUAAUGACUGGUUGUGUGCAGAACAGUUUGACUGACUUGGAGGCCCCAGACAAAGACCAACAUGAGGCCCGAUGCCACUUUGCAAUCUUGGCUAGUCAAACAAAUGUGUUACUGUAUUAUUAUUGUGUAUAUGUAUUAUUAUAUUACUGUUGAUAAGUGCAAAUAAACUAAAAUAAAAUAAAUAAAUAAUACAA